CUGUCGCGGCGCACCAGGACCGCUGAGGCCCGUCUGCUCGGUGCACGUCUCCAGCGCCAUGGCCAUGACACUGGGUUACUGGGACAUCCGCGGGCUGGCUCAUGCCAUUCGCCUGCUCCUGGAGUACACAGACUCAAGCUAUGAGGAGAAGAGAUACACUAUGGGGGACGCUCCCGACUAUGACAGAAGCCAGUGGCUGAGUGAGAAAUUCACACUGGGCCUGGACUUCCCCAAUCUGCCCUACUUAAUCGAUGGGGCUCGCAAGAUCACGCAGAGCAACGCCAUCUUGCGCUACAUUGCCCGCAAGCACGACCUGUGUGGGCAGACAGAAGAGGAGAAGAUUCAUGAGGACAUUUUGGAGAACCAGCUGAUGGAUGUCUCUAAUGAUCUGGCCAGAGUCUGCUACAGCCCUGACUUUGAGAAACUAAAGCCAGAGUACCUGGAGCAACUCCCUGGAAUGAUGAAGCUUUUCUCAGAGUUCCUGGGGAAACGUCAGUGGUUUGUUGGUAACAAGAUCACCUUUGUGGAUUUUCUGGCUUAUGAUGUCCUAGACCUUCACCGUAUAUUUGAACCCAAGUGCCUGGAUGCGUUCCCAAACCUGAGGGACUUUCUGUCCCGCUUUGAGGGCCUGAAGAAGAUCUCUGCCUACAUAAAGACCAACCGCUUCCUCCCAAAACCUUUGUAUACAAAGGUGGCCACAUGGGGCAACAAAUAGGGCCUGGAAAGGGCAGGAGAUUGGAGUGAGGUGCCUCUUUUCCUACUGCCCAGCAGCUGGACCCCUGCAGCCCUAGCACUGAAACAGAUGGUAGGGACCCUCCCUGAGGUACUGGGGCAGCAGUUCAGCAUUGUUAGAGCAGUGUUAAAUACUGUCAAAGCACUGUUAAUACUAACCCUUGCUAUAAGCACCUCUUAGACUGUUCAUUUUUCUUUUAAAUGUUCUGAAAUGUUGGGGGCUGGGGAGGUUUGAUUCCUUAAUUGAUAGCUGUUAGACGCUUCUCUGGAGUUCUUCUGCCUUGAGUGAAGGACUGCUAGUAAGACAGUUGGACCGUCAUGCCACAUCAGUAGUUUUGAAUCCAAAACACGAGUCUGGUGCCAGAAGAUACUGCCCCAGCAAGCAGCUUGUACUGGGUUUUUGCCACCACAAGACUUGGUGAAUAUUAGAAGAUCCUGUAGUCUCAUCCACCCAGGCCAGAGGUGGAGCACUUUCUCCCUCUGGUGACCCAACAGAAGACCUGUGACUGAUGCAAACACAAUCCUUCAUUUGCAUGAAGGGACUGCCAUGAUUGAUGCAGACAUCCUUGUCCAACCCUGCUUCCUGCAUAUAUAAGCAGGUUGAUUGGCUCACUUUGUGAGUAGCUGGGAGACACCCUCCUGGGCUGCCUGCUGGCGUUGCAACAUUUGGUCCAGAUAAAGACUUCUUUGGAGUGGUUUUCCUUGCCUUACUUUUGAUUUUCAUCAUUAGUGCAGUGGCUGAGCUGGUAACACAAAGAAAAGAGAAGUAGCCAUGGAAACAGCAACAGUGGCAGGGUGGCUGGACCAUCCUGACAAAAGUGUGAGUGGAGCUAACAAGCAGUUCCAACUGCAAGCGACCUUGGCAGUGGAGAUGGCAGCAGCACCACCUUGGUAGUAAAACUGACAUUGGUGGUCAGGGGUGAUGCAAACACCCUUGGGGUGAAACUGACACCAGUGGAUCAUGGGAGCUCUAACACUUGCCUCUGGUGCAGGCUGUCAAUCCUCCUGGGCCCUGACCCCUGAGGCUCAGGAUCCUGUGCCACCUGUAGUCACCCAGAUCCUGACCUCCAAGGUGAGGGGGCUAUAGUGUUUGCAACUCUAGGUCUUGGCCUCCGAGGUAUGGACUGGCACUUGCUCCAGGUUCCAACCUGAGACCAGCAAUGAUAAGAAAGGAUGCCAGCUGCAGCUGUCCACUGGGAUUACAAAAAUGGCAAAAAUGAGUGACUGGCGGAGCUUCUCACCAAUCCAUGAUUUCCAUCCAGGUAGAGCAGAAAGACCCCACAAGAUGACUUGAGACAGCAUCACUGUCUCAUUCCUUCUUUCCAUCCUCAAGGCCUCAUCAGUCCUUUCCUCUCACUGGCCCCUGUCCCAUUUAGGCCACUGGAAGCCUUGGGUCCUUGUUUUCCUUAGCAAGGUCCCCAUCCUAACAUUGCUGUGUCCUGAACUAAGGCCAACUUGGCCAUCCUGCCACCAGUGGCUGUGUCUGCAUUGAGGAGCCCAGCUGUGACCCAAUCUUUAGAGCUUAGAACUGCACUCUUCACCACUGCCCCAAAGACCCGGAUUGCCUGGUGUGUGGUCCUGCUCCCCAGUGAGGUCCCUGCCAGGUCCCCAGUGAAGCCUGAGUCAUACUUGCUCUGUGUUUUGUCCUCUUGCCUCUGGCUCCUGCCCUCAUCAGCUGUCACUGCUACCUUCCAGGGAUUUACUGGAGACCUUGGAGGUGGCUGGGUUCAUAGGGAUUCUGAUAGGGUAGAAGGAGUUUGAAACUUCCUGGUCUCUUUCUGAUACCUUCAGAGCAGGUCGCCCCAGGAGACUUUCCAGAGAAUAAAGGGCAUCUUUCUGGAUCUGGAAUUGCAUUCACUCUGCAGCAGUAAUAAGGAUUUCCAAGGUGAGGCAGGCAGGGGUCUCACAGAGCAGACAGCCAGGGUGGUGGGAAUCACAAGCAGGAAGAGCCAGGAUCUCUUUUGCCUCUCAAUGUUACAGCUGUGUCACAUGGGUAGGUCUCCAGGAUCUUAUCUCUACUUUAUUUCUCAGAUGCCUUCAAGGCAUCCUCUGGUUUGCUACACACAUGGAUCUCUUUCUUAGUUAAUUCCUCAUCUCCCCAGGCCACUCCCUGUGAAGUAAAUUUCUUCAGUCCUCACAUAACUUAAAAUUUCUUCAGUGCUCAUGUCCUUAGGACUUUGGGUAGGCAUAGAAUUGUUGGGUGGAUCUUCAGUCUUCAGAUGGACUUGCUCCAUGCUGGAAUUAAGCAUUUCUAAUGAGAAGACUAAGACCUUUCUCAUGUGUACGGUUGUCUUUGACACUGAAGAUGGUCCUCUUUGACCUGAGGUCUCUAAAUCAAAAGCCUGGUGGGGACCUGCAGGCUGCCAUUAUGAUUUGUGAAGUCACCCUCUCACAAACAUCCCUAACAUAGGCUUCCUCCACUCGAUUCAUGAGUUACCACUCCUUCAUCUGUGCAGCAUCUUCCUAAAGUAAUUUUACAUCACACUGUAGAGUGAGCUUCAGGAGAAGCUUCAAAAGAAGUUUCUAGUAGCUCAGUGAUUCCUACCCAUGGUAUCAGAGUGAGUUGUCUAGUUUGUGGGUAGGUGGUUAGCUUUCCAUCAUAAUAGCAAAAUGCCUGAGACAAUGAACUUAUAAAAACUAAGAUGGCUUCUGGAUUAGAUGUUUCAGCCUUUGGGUAGAUGUGCUAGAUGGUAAUGGUGAGGCAUGUGAUGCACAACCAACUGCUCACCUCAUGACCAGGAAAUGAAUGAGGAAGAGACUAAGGUCCCCAAAUCCCUUUCAAGGACACCUCCCCAAUGACUUAAGAUCCUGUUGCUAGGCCCCAUCUUUUAAACAUUCCACCACUUCCCAAUAGUGGUGACCAAGCCUUUACUAUAUGAGCCUCUGAGGGAUAUUCAGGAUCUAAACUACAGCCAUAGGCAUUCAGGGAAGGCUCAGAUGAGAGAUAUUAUUGCAAUCAGUAAAAGUCUUUUUUCCUAGAACUAUAUCAAAAAACAAGACUUAAACAGGCAUUUCCCAAAAGUGAAUAUCCGAAGGACCAAUGGUAUGAAAAUAUGACAAACACCAUUAGAUAGUAGUUAGGAACACUGUAUGCUCCUAGUAUACACCCACUAGAAUGACCAGCAUUCAUUGAUGAGAGUUGGUGAAUUUAUGGAGUAACUGAAACUCUUGUGCAUUGUUGGUGGGACAACCACUUUGGAAUACUGACAGUAUCAACUAGAGCUGAACAUGUAUCUGCCUGUGACCCAGGAAUUCCUCCCAGUAAGAAUGAGUGCUUUUGUCUUUGAAAAGACACGUAAGACUUGUGCAGUAAUACUGAAAGCAGUUUUUAAAAUUAAUGUAAAUAUUCAAAAGGGUUGGAGUUGUGGCUCAAGGGGUAGAAUGCCUGCCUAGCAAUCUCAAGGCCCUGAGUUCAAACCCUAGUAUUGACAAAAAAAAAAAUAAAAUUAAUGUAAAUAUUCAAUAACUGACAACAACCCAAAUUGCAUCAACAGAAGAAUGGAUAAGCUGUGGUUUGUUAUACAUAUAGUGAAAUAGUACACUAUAAUUAAAAAUAAUUGUACAAAUGCUACACACAGCAACAUGGAUGAGCCUCACAGACAUGUUAAGUAAAAGGAUCAAGACAGAAAAGUACACGCUAUAAAUAUCAUUCCAUUUGCAUGAAAAUCAAGAGUAAGAGCCAGGUCCAGACCAGUGGCUCAAGCCUAUAAUUCACAGCUACACAAUGGGGGGAUUGUGUUUUGAGGCUAGGUUGGCCAAAAAGUUUACAAGACCCCAUCUCAACCCAUGUCUGGGUGCAGUGGCAUGUGUCUGUCAUUCCAGCUCUGCAGAGAAGCACAAAUAGGAAGA